AACUGGUGUUGCCUUGGCAGCAUUUGUAAACAUUCCGGCUCUGAAUCUUGGGGGAAAAGCUGCUGAGAAAUUCCUUCUGAGACUUUCCCUGCUUCUGCUGCUACUGCUUCAAACAAAGAUCUGUUCACUCAGGCAAAAGAAAAUGGAUGCAUCUGAAAUACCCAAAAGUCGGAAGGUAAUGUUUUUGGGUAAGGAUUCUGAAACCAAUGCAACAACAUCUAUGAUGACAGCAAUGAUGGAGGACACACAAGACAACAGAAAUGUGACCGAAGUAGCUCUGGCUCUGGUUGAGGAUGCCAUCGCUGUUGCCGUUCAGUUUGUGGAAGAAGCUAGAAACCCCAUCAAAAACAUCAAGUGGAUUACUCAUGGUGAAUUCACAGUAGAAAAAGGCCGUAAACAAAUUGAGAAGUUUGUUUUGACUUGGGAGUAUCAAAGCCGCUGGGUGCACUACACAGAGUUUAUAAAGAAGGAAGAGCUAAGUCACACCUUCCGCUAUAUCUACUGCGUGCGUUGGAGCAUCCCAACAGCUCAGGUACCCAUGCCACGAGUCAGUGCCACUGCCUACUUCACCAUCAAGAUCAACAAAAGCAAACCUCCGGUAAGCUCUUCCUUUGAUGCUCUGUUCCCCACAGUGAAGCUUCAAGGAGAAUGGAGAUGUCUUUAGUCAAAUUUAUCAAUGAUGCCCUCUUUGCAAAAUUUAAUUAUCAUAUUUCUGUCCUCAUCUUACUUGGCCCAUCUGCAGCACUUGUCCUACCUGAUUAUUCCCUCCUCCAUGAAACUUCCCACUUGGUUUCUAGAAGAAUACACUCUUCUGGUUUUCAUCCUGCUUCACUGACCAUACAUUCUCUAUCAGUCUCCAUUGCUAUCUCUGCCUCACACCAACUUCUACAUGUAAUGUGUUCCAAAACUCAAGUCUUAAACCCCUUUCCUUUACUCACUUCCAUAGUUAUCUCGAUCAGUCUUGAAA